AUGAAGGUGACGAUGCCUGAUCCUAGUGACACUAUCAAAUGUGAAGCUGAAGAUCAAUCCGAUGACAGAACGUACAAGAAAAAAUCACGGAUGAUUCACAUCAAUAUGUCUCUAUGUCGCACAACAUCAGUCACAGUCGGAUGGCGUGCGAGCAUUUUACUGCCAUUGGAAGCUCCUCACAGGAGCACUGUUUACUCUUGCUUCUACAAUAAUUAUCAGUUGUUCACGGACGAGAUACAGGUGUGUAGCGAGAUACAGAUAGUACGCGAUCCAAGUACCCGUGCCCUCGGAGUAUCAUCUGGUUCUUGA